AUGUCCUCUACGUCUUCAACAUCCUCUAAAUCUUUUACACCCUCUUCACCUAAAUUCGCUAAAUUUUCUACACCCUCUUCACCUAAAUCCUCUAAAUUUUCUACACCCUCUUCACCUAAAUCCUCUAAAUUUUCUAUGCCUUCAUCACCUAAAUCCUCUAAAUUCUCUACACCCUCUUCACCUAAAUCCCCUAAAUUUUCUAUGCCCUCUUCACCUAAAUCCUCUACAUCAUCGUCACCAGCAUUUCCCACAUCAUUUAUUUCUCAAGUAUGGUUUAUUGCAAAGUUAACAUUUGGUAAUAUCACGGAAGUCAAUCAGCAAGAAUCAGAUGUUAGUUUUGCAUAUUCUCUAGCAAAUUCACACUUACCCAAACCAAAGAACACAAAUACAAAUUCGAAAAAUUUUACGACUAGAAAUGCUACAACAAGGAAUGUUCCAAUUAUAACCGAAAGAAGACCAGGAUCACCGAUGGUUUUAAGACGUCGUAGCAUUAUUCGCGACACAUUUCUUAAACCAAUUAGAACUGUAGUACGAAAAAAGAGUGGAGAAAUUGUGAAACCAUCUCUUAAAGACAAAAACAAUCAAAGCACGGAUACUUUUCAUAGUAAAGUUGUACAUUUCAAUUCAAAUUUAGAACAAGUUUUAUCGUUCAAAAAGAAUUCCAUGCCAAAGGCAAUCGGUUUUCGUAUAUCGAAACAAAGCAUCGAAGGUAAUAAUAAAUCACAAACACAACAAGCAUCUUUAUAA